CGCGGUGUGCGCGCGCCGUGUGCCGUUGCGCCUGCGCACUGGGGCGCUCGCGGCGGCCCGUGCGGUUGGCGGCCGGGAAACCCCUCGGCGCAGGCUGAGGCAGGGGCGCCCGAGUCGCCAUAGCCAGCGGUGGGGCUGCGGAGCGCUGCCUGCGGGAGAGGGAGCGGAGACCGAGCCGGGGCCGCGGGGAGGGGGCCUCUCCCCGUCGUCCGUUCGUCCGUCCGUCCGCCCGCCCGGGCUGCGAGGAGGAGCCGGGCGGGCGCCGCCACCGCGGCCCAGUUCGAUCGCUGAGGGCCGCGGGCCGGAGUCUUGUCGCGGGGGCGGGGGCCGGGGCCUCGCAGCGCCGCCGCGAUGGAGUCCUGAGGCCUCUGCCAGCUGAGUCUGCCUCAGGCCGCGGGGCCUGGCCAUGGCGGAGCGCCGCGGCCUCUGAGCGCCGCCGGUCCGCUCGAGCUCAGCCCGCGCUGCCUGCCCCGGCCCCCUCGUUGGGCCCUUCCCCGCGCCGCCGCCGGCUCUAACCGGCAGGGAGGCCGCGGCGCCGUCCGCCGCGGUAGCCGCCGUUUCGGAGCAGACACCGCCUGACGCCGACCAUGUCGUGCGUCCAUUACAAGUUCUCCUCUAAGCUGAACUAUGAUACGGUCACCUUCGACGGCCUCCACAUCUCCCUCUGCGACCUCAAGCGCCAGAUCAUGGGCCGCGAGAAACUGAAGGCGGCCGACUGCGACCUGCAGAUCACCAACGCCCAGACCAAAGAAGAAUACACAGAUGAUAAUGCCCUGAUUCCGAAGAACUCAUCGGUAAUUGUUAGAAGAAUUCCUAUUGGAGGAGUUAAAGCUACCAGCAAAACGUAUGUUAUGACUCCUAAAUCGCACAAAAUCCUAGAAACUGCUUUCAGAAGUCGAACUGAGCCAGUGAGUGGAACAUCAAAAGCAAUUGAUGACUCUUCUGCAUCUAUUUCUCUGGCCCAGCUUACUAAGACUGCCAAUCUGGCUGAAGCCAAUGCUUCCGAAGAAGAUAAAAUAAAAGCUAUGAUGACACAGUCUGGCCAUGAAUAUGAUCCAAUCAAUUACAUGAAGAAACCCUUGGGUCCACCUCCACCGUCAUACACGUGCUUUCGUUGUGGAAAACCUGGCCACUAUAUAAAGAAUUGCCCAACAAAUGGGGACAAAAAUUUUGAGUCUGUUCCCAGAAUUAAAAAGAGCACGGGAAUUCCAAGGAGUUUCAUGAUGGAGGUGAAAGAUCCCAAUACAAAGGGUGCUAUGCUGACGAACACUGGAAAAUAUGCCAUACCAACUAUUGAUGCGGAAGCUUAUGCUAUAGGAAAGAAGGAAAAGCCUCCCUUUUUACCAGAGGACCCGUCCUCCUCCUCAGAAGAAGAUGAUCCUAUUCCAGAUGAGUUGUUAUGUCUCAUUUGUAAAGAUAUAAUGACUGACGCGGUUGUUAUUCCCUGCUGUGGAAACAGUUAUUGUGACGAAUGUAUUAGAACAGCAUUACUGGAAUCGGAGGAACAUACGUGCCCAACAUGUCAUCAAACAGAUGUUUCUCCUGAUGCUUUAAUUGCCAAUAAGUUCCUGCGCCAGGCUGUGAACAACUUCAAAAAUGAAACUGGCUACACAAAAAGGCUCCGUAAGCAGAUUCAGCAGCAGCAACAGCAGCAGCAGCAGCCACCACCGCCACCACCACCUCCACCACCCCUAAUGAGACAAACAAUAACACGCAACCUUCAGCCUCUGCUCCGGCCAACCAUUUCCAGACAGCAGGAUCCACUAAUGAUACCAUUAGCUUCUCUGGCUUCUCGUUCUGCUUUGUCAUCGUUGGGCCCUGGUCAGUCAUCUGUGGCAGCUGGGCUGCCAGUAAAUCCGUCUUCUGUUGUUGUCUCUGAUCUUCCUCCAGCAGUGUCCCUAUCCCUCCGUGGUGAAAAGCCAGAUGGACCUUUUCGCAGUUUGUUGGAAGAGAAGGGCUAUCAGGUUCCUGUACUAAGACAACCAGCGUUACCAAGUCUUCUGGGCCCCCAAGGACAAUCAAUACCCACAACUGGUCAUCCAAUGAGAGCCAGUACAAUUCGCUCAGCAGGUGGCAGACCAGGCUGGGAGCUUGCAAAUCGAGGACGCCCUCAUGGUGACCGUGCCCAAAGGACUCAGGCCCCAUCACUACCAGCAUCAACACCAGUCUUUGUGCCUGUGCCUCCACCGCCCUUGUAUCCUCCACCACCCCAUGCACUUCCUCUUCCACCGGGGGUACCGCCACCACAGUUUCCUCCUCAGUUCCCACCUGGUCAGCCUCCAUCUGCUGGGUACUCUGUCCCCCCUCCAGGAUAUCCCCCAGCUCCUGCAAAUAUGUCAUCAGCUUGGGUACCAACAGCAGUACCAACGGCUCAUUCAAAUGCCAUCCCAACGACACAAGCACCUCCCUUAUCUAGGGAGGAGUUUUACAGAGAACAACGGAGACUUAAAGAGGAGGAAAAGAAAAAGUCCAAACUUGAUGAGUUUACAAAUGAUUUUGCUAAGGAAUUGAUGGAAUAUAAAAAGAUUCAAAAGGAGCGUAGGCGUUCGUUUUCCAGGUCCAAGUCCCCCUAUAGUGCUUCAUCUUACUCUAGAAGUUCGUAUACCUACUCGAAGUCAAGAUCAGGUUCUUCCCGUUCUCGCUCCUACUCUCGAUCAUUUAGCCGUUCCCAUUCUCGUUCCUACUCACGAUCACCGCCAUAUCCAAGAAGAGGCAAAGGGAAGAGUCGUAAUUAUCGUUCUAGGUCAAGGUCACAUGGUUAUCACCGUUCAAGGUCAAGGUCACCCCCGUACAGAAGGUACCACUCACGGUCAAGGUCUCCAGUAUUUAGAGGCCAGUCUCCCACUAAACGGACUAUACCUCAAGGGGAAGGAGAAAGGGAGUAUUUUAACAGAUACAGAGAAGUUCCACCAUAUGAUGUGAAAGCAUACUAUGGCAGAUCAGUUGACUUUAGAGAUCCAUUUGAAAAAGAAAGAUACAGAGAAUGGGAAAGGAAUUAUAGAGAAUGGUAUGAAAAGUUUUACAAGGGCUAUGUUGUCGGCGCUCAACCUCGUCCGCCAGUAAAUAGAGAGAACUUUUCACCAGAUAGGUUUGGUCCACCUGGGACCAGACGAGAGAAUUCGCCGUAUGCUCGGGGACGUAGGGAGGAGUAUCCAGGUGGGCAGAGCCACAGAAAUCGUAAUAUAGCAGGAAAUUACCCUGAAAAACCUUCUGGGAGAGAGAGCCAUGGCAUUAAAGAUCCUACAAAAUCAAAAGAGAAGGAGGUGGAAAAUCCACUGGGAGAUGGCAAAGGAAAUAAACAUAAAAAACAUCGGAAGAGAAGAAAAGGGGAUGAGAAUGAAGGAUUUCCUAAUGCCGAGUUGUUAGAAGGUGCAAGAAAACCAAGAGAGCCAGUGACAACAGAAGACGUUAAAACGGACUCUCUGUUCAUGCUUCCAAGCAGAGAUGAUGCCACCCCAGUGAGAGAUGAACCUAUGGAAGCAGAUUCUAUUGCUUUCAAACCAGUGUCUGAAAAGGAGAAAAAAGAGAAGGAUAAGCCAAAAGCAAAAGUGGACAAGACAAAGCGGAAAGUAGAAGUGGCUGUUCCUCCUAAGAAAGAUAAUGUAACAAAACCAGCUAAAGCUUCCCAAGAGAAGGUGGACACAGAUCGUGAAAAAUCUCCUCGAACAGAACCUCCUGUGAAAAAAGUGAAGGAGGAGUUGCCAAAGACAGACAGUGUUAAAACAUCUUCCUCUCAAAAGGAAGAAAAGACUGCUGGUACCCCACGGAAAGUUCACCCAAAAGUGACGAAAGAUCACCCAGAAACAAGACCAGCCAAGGAAGAAAAGGCAAAGAAAGACCAUCCGAAAGAAACCAAGUCAGAGAAGCCCUCCAACAAAGAGGACAAGUCAAAAAAGCCUGCUGAAAAAAGCAAACCUUCUGAUGCAAAACCUGAAAAAAGAAAAAGAAAAGCAGAUGAAAAGGCUGAUAAAGAACAUGAAGCCACUUCUGUAAAGGCCUCUAAAGCAGAACCUGCUGAAUCGAAAACAUCACCGAAGGGGAAGACUGAGCCGGAUGGUGAAAAAGGAGAGCGAACGCCAGAAAAGGAUAAAUCCGCUUUUCUUAACAACCCUGCAAAAAAGAUUAAACUUAACCGAGAAACCGGCAAAAAGAUUGUGAGUGGAGAAAAUGUGCCACCUGCAAAAGAACCUGUUGAGAAACCUGAGCCGAGCAGCAGCAAGGUUAAACAAGAAAAAGCAAAGGGAAAAGUGAGAAGAAAAGUAACAGCAGCUGAUGGAUCUAGUUCAACUCUUGUAGAUUACACCAGCACUAGUUCUACUGGAGGAAGCCCCGUUAGAAAGACUGAAGAAAAGCCAGAUACAAAACGAACUGUCAUUAAGACCAUGGAGGAGUAUAAUAAUGAUAUAACAGCGCCUGCUGAAGACGUCAUUAUUAUGAUCCAAGUCCCUCAGUCAAAGUGGGAUAAAGAUGACUUUGAAUCUGAAGAGGAAGACAUUAAAUCUACGCAGGUGCCCACAAACAUAGGAAAACCUGCUAGUGUUAUAAAAAAUGUGAGUGCUAAGCCAGCAAACCCCGUAAAACACAAUGAAAAAGAGACGGAGCCUUUGGAGAAAACACAGAAAACUACAAAAGAGGCCAGUUAUGAAAGCUCCCAGCAUGAUGCAAAAAGUUCAAAAAGUUCAAUGUUGAAUGAAAAAGGAAAAACCAAAGACCGGGAUCAUUCUUUGUCAGACAAGGACACUUCUGAGAAGAGAAAGAGCAGUGUUCAGCCAGAAAAAGACCACUCGGAACGUGCAUCUGAGCAAGGAAAUGGAAAAAAUAUUUCUCAAUCUUCCAAAGACAGCAGGUCUUCAGAGAAACACGAUACUGGCCGUGGGUCCACUGCUAAAGACUUUACUCCUAACCGAGACAAAAAAUCUGACCACGAUGGCAACAGAGAUCAUUCUAGUUCCAAGCGUAGGGAUGAAAAGAGUGAAUUAGCCAGGAGAAAAGACUCCCCUUCUCGGAACAGAGAAUCUGCAUCUGUACAGAAAAGCAAGCCGAGAGAGGAACGAGCAGAGCCGUCCAAAAAGGGCGUUGGAGAUGCCAAAAGGAGCAGCUACAGCCCUCCGCGGGAGCGGAAGCAGACUGAUCACAAAGCCGCUCACGAUUCCAAGCGUACAUUGGAGGAACACAAACCUCCAGAUAAAAAUGUAGGAAAAGAGAAAGAGAAGCAUGUAGCAGAAGUAAAGAGCAAUAAAGAGAAAGAGCCAGGUGUUACUAAACCACCUGUGAAACAAGAAUCGCCAGAUGUAAAAAAUGAGAAAGAGAACGUGACUGGACAAAACGAUAAAAAUGUUGUCAAGCCCAAGCCUCAGGUAAGCACCUCCUCACGGCUCUCUUCUGAUCUAACUCGAGAGACUGAUGAGGCUGCGUUUGUACCAGACUACAACGAAAGUGACAGUGAGAGUAAUGUAUCUGCAAAAGAUGAGGAAGCUGCAGGAAAAAAUCCGAAAGAACCGAAAGAAAAAGCUGUUGAAAAGGUGAAAGAGGAGACGACAGCACCCGCUGCAGUUGAGCAGCCUGAAGCCAGCAGAAGUCAAAGUCAGAGCAGCCCCAGCGUGAGCCGCAGCCGUAGUCAAAGCCCUUCCGAGAGUCAGACUCGAAGCCACAGCAGCAGUGCCAGCUCAGGAGAGAGUCAAGACAGCAAGAAAAAGAAAAAGAAAAAAGAGAAGAAGAAGCACAAGAAGCAUAAGAAACACAAGAAGCAUAAGAAACACGUGGGAAACGAAACGGAAUUGGAAAAGAGCCAAAAACACAAACACAAGAAGAAAAAAUCGAAGAAGAGCAAAGAUAAAGAGAAAGAUGACCAAAAAGUGAAAUCUGUCACUACAUAGAAUGACAGAUAAUAAAAAAAUGACUUAAUUCCUAAGUCAUCUGUAUUAAAUUUUGUUAAAAUGUAAACGAAUUCAAGCGUUGUAAAUAAUGACAUGAAAGACCCUGUGCUGCACUUAAAAUAUUGCUGCUUGAUUAUUUGAUUUUUACAUCAGAGCUUUAUAAAAGUGAACAUUUUGUACAGAAUUGUGAGUUGUGACCAUGUAACAUGAAAGGUUUUGCUGGGGCAUCUUAUUUUUAACCACCGUUAAUUAGUUUGGGUGGAGUUUACUGUACUGUGAAAAUUUUCACAUUUGAAUUUUUUUUUUUUUAAUUGCCUGGCAGAAGAAGCUGAUAUCAGUUAUAAAAUAUCAGCAGAAUGAUUUGCAGAAUACAUUACAGCCCUGUUAUGUCACUUUUUUGAUUACAAUAAAAAGUUUUCAGUAAACUAUCCAAUGUCGUGAGAUUUCCAGUGAGAGCUGAACGUUAGCAGAGAAGAGAGUAGUCAUAGAAAAAAGCUACCCGGGAAAGCUUGCUGGUAACCUAAAAUGGAUGAAAAAUAACGUAGCAACGGGUUUGAUUUUGAAAAGCCUGGUAGGACUUUAAAUCUUUUGAACGGAUGCGAUGUGGGGAGGUACUGCCAAGAGGUGCGCUUUAUUAUGUGCCAAGUGGACUUGUUUUUAUAUUGUAAAAGGUAAUAUACGGCCCCGAAAAUAUAGCAGCUAGUAACAGCUGGUACUGACUGUUUUAAAAUAAUGUUAGAUGGGCAGCUGUCGUAUUUCAGCAUCGUUCCAGUUGGUUUAGAGAGCUGUUGUCAUUCACCAGCAAACAUAUACACAUAUUUUAGGAUGCCCUGUAACCUGUAUUUUCUCUCAACGAUGCUGAUCACCAAGAAGUUUGUGUUUUUUAAAUAGAAGCCUUAUUAUUAGUGUUUUUGUACGCUGGUGUGUCGCGUGAUACAGAACUCACCCUGCCGUUCAGCGUGGGGUUCAGCAAGCGAGUUUGGCAGAAGAAGAAAGCCCACUAGAAAGGCAGGCGUCUGCUGUGUGCAACGCCAGGAAAUCUACAAAAUGUAAAUGUAAUCAACUGGAUAACUGGAAGACAGACACAAUUUAAAAAAGAAGAAAAAGUGGCAGUGGCGGGUGUUGCUCAACUGUCCGAAAGGCAGCGUGGUAAGAAACGCUUCUCGUUGUGCAUCAAGGGCAUAAGAUCCCAGUAACAAUUGCACUCAGGAGUGAAAGCCCUCCGGUGUUUGGCCGUGGGCUUUGCCCCAGGAGAGUUCUGUUUGCACGUGCUAUAAAUUAAAGC